CCGGAAGUGACGUAAGGCCUGUCUCUUCCUCUUCCGGCGUUUUCCCUAUUUUGGCUUCGCGGCGUGCCUGCGAGCUCAGCUGCUUGGUGUAUCGCAGGCCUCGCGCUUCGAGGUCGCAGCGUCUGAGCGCCGCCAUGUCACGGUUUUUCACCACCGGCUCGGACAGCGAGUCCGAGUCGUCGCUGUCCGGGGAGGAGCUCGUCACCAAACCCGUCGGGGGUAACUACGGCAAGCCGCCGCUGUUACUGAGUGAGGAUGAAGAAGACACCAAGAGAGUUGUCCGGAGUGCGAAGGACAAGAGGUUUGAGGAGCUGACCAACCUCAUCCGGACUAUUCGUAAUGCCAUGAAGAUUCGGGAUGUCACCAAGUGUCUGGAAGAGUUUGAGCUCCUGGGCAAAGCAUAUGGGAAGGCCAAGAGUAUCGUGGACAAGGAAGGUGUUCCCCGGUUCUAUAUCCGCAUUCUGGCCGACCUGGAGGACUAUCUGAAUGAGCUUUGGGAAGACAAGGAAGGUAAGAAGAAGAUGAACAAGAACAAUGCCAAGGCUCUGAGUACCUUGCGCCAGAAGAUCCGAAAAUACAACCGAGAUUUUGAGUCCCAUAUCACAAACUACAAGCAGAACCCGGAGCAGUCUGCUGAUGAAGAUGCAGAGAAGAACGAAGAGGACUCAGAGGGCUCUUCAAAUGAGGAGGAAGAUGAUGAUGGAGUCAGUGCUGCCGCUUUCUUGAAGAAGAAAUCAGAAGCUCCUUCUGGGGAGAGUCGCAAGUUCCUCAAAAAGAUGGAGGAGGAAGAUGAGGACUCAGAAGAUUCCGAAGAUGACGAGGAGUGGGACACGGGCUCCACAUCUUCCGGGUCAGAGUCAGAGGAGGACGAAGGAAAACAAACUGUGCUCGCCUCAAAAUUCCUUAAAAAAGCCCCUACUACAGAGGAAGACAAGAAGGCAGCUGAGAAGAAGCGGGAGGACAAAGCCAAGAAGAAGCAUGAUAGGAAAUCCAAGCGCCUGGAUGAAGAGGAGGAGGACAACGAAGGCGGGGAGUGGGAAAGGGUCCGCGGCGGAGUGCCCCUCGUGAAGGAAAAGCCAAAAAUGUUUGCCAAGGGGACCGAGAUCACCCACACGGUUGUCAUCAAGAAACUGAACGAGAUCCUUCAGGCACGAGGCAAGAAGGGAACCGAUCGUGCCUCCCAGAUUGAGCUGCUACAGUUGCUGGUCCAGAUUGCUGCUGAAAACAACCUGGGGGAGGGCGUCAUCGUCAAGAUCAAGUUCAAUAUCAUUGCCUCUCUCUAUGACUACAACCCCAAUCUGGCCACAUACAUGAAGCCAGAGAUGUGGCAGAAGUGCCUGGACUGCAUCAAUGAGCUGAUGGACAUCUUGUUUGCAAAUCCCAACAUCUUCGUUGGCGAGAACAUUCUGGAAGAGAGUGAGAACCUGCAAAAUUUCGACCAGCCUCUGCGUGUCCGGGGCUGUAUCCUAACUCUGGUGGAACGAAUGGAUGAAGAAUUUACCAAAAUAAUGCAGAACACCGACCCUCACUCCCAAGAGUACGUGGAACACCUGAAGGAUGAGGCGCAGGUGUGCGCCAUCAUCGAGCGAGUGCAGCGCUACCUGGAGGAGAAGGGCACCACCGAGGAGGUCUGCCGCAUCUACCUGAGACGCGUCCUGCACACCUACUACAAGUUCGAUUACAAGGCCCACCAGCGGCAGCUCACCCCGCCCGAAGGGUCCUCAAAGUCCGAGCAAGACCAGGCAGAAAAUGAGGGUGAGGACUCGGCUGUGCUGAUGGAGAGGCUGUGUAAGUACAUCUAUGCCAAGGACCGCACAGACCGGAUCCGCACGUGCGCCAUCCUCUGCCACAUCUACCAUCAUGCCCUGCACUCCCGCUGGUACCAGGCCCGCGAUCUCAUGCUCAUGAGCCACCUCCAAGACAACAUUCAGCACGCAGACCCGCCGGUGCAGAUUCUGUACAACCGCACCAUGGUGCAGCUGGGCAUCUGUGCCUUCCGCCAAGGCCUGACCAAGGAUGCACACAAUGCCCUGUUGGACAUCCAGUCAAGUGGCCGGGCCAAGGAGCUUCUGGGCCAAGGUCUGCUGCUGCGCAGCCUGCAGGAGCGCAACCAGGAGCAGGAGAAGGUGGAGCGGCGCCGGCAGGUGCCCUUCCACCUACACAUCAACCUGGAGCUGCUGGAGUGCGUGUACCUGGUGUCUGCCAUGCUCUUGGAGAUCCCCUACAUGGCCGCCCACGAGAGCGAUGCCCGCCGACGCAUGAUCAGCAAGCAGUUCCAUCACCAGCUGCGGGUGGGUGAGCGCCAGCCCUUGCUAGGUCCCCCCGAGUCCAUGAGGGAACAUGUGGUUGCGGCCUCCAAGGCCAUGAAGAUGGGCGAUUGGAAGACCUGCCACAGCUUCAUCAUUAAUGAGAAGAUGAACGGGAAGGUGUGGGAUCUUUUCCCCGAGGCCGACAAAGUCCGCACCAUGCUGGUUAGGAAGAUCCAGGAAGAGUCCCUGAGGACCUACCUCUUCACCUACAGCAGCGUCUACGACUCCAUCAGCAUGGAGACGCUGUCAGACAUGUUCGAGCUGGAUUUGCCCACGGUGCACUCCAUCAUCAGCAAGAUGAUCAUUAACGAGGAGCUGAUGGCCUCCCUAGACCAGCCCACGCAGACCGUGGUGAUGCACCGCACGGAGCCCACCGCCCAGCAGAACCUGGCUCUGCAGCUGGCCGAGAAGCUGGGCAGCCUGGUGGAGAAUAACGAGCGGGUGUUUGACCACAAGCAGGGCACCUAUGGCGGCUACUUCCGAGACCAGAAGGAUGGCUACCGCAAAAACGAGGGUUACAUGCGCCGUGGUGGCUACCGCCAGCAGCAGUCUCAGACGGCCUACUGAGCGCCCCACGUCUGUCCGCGGGGUCCGGACCCCGCGGCCUUUCUGUCAGGACCCCCACUGUCAAUAAAGGUCUGUUCAGAG